AUGAAGAACAUUCCAUAUGCUUCUGCUGUCGGAAGCCUAAUGUAUGCUCAGGUCUGUACAAGACCUGACAUUGCAUUUGCUGUGGGAAUGUUAGGAAGAUAUCAGAGUGAUCCAGGUUUAGACCACUGGAGAGCUACAAAGAAAAUAAUGAGGUACUUUCAAGGAACCAAAGAAUACAUGCUUAUGUAUAGACGGACGGACAAUCUGGAAGUAAUUGGCUACUUAGAUUCUGACUUUGCUGGCUGUAUUGAUUCACGCAAAUCAACAUUAGGAUACAUUUUUUUUAUGGCCGCUGGAGUUGUAUCAUGGAGGAGUGCCAAGCAGACAUUGACUACCACUUCCACUAUGGAAGCCGAGUUUGUCUCUUAUUUUGAGGUUACUUCACAUGGUGUAUGGCUUAAGAGUUUCAUUUCUGGGUUUAGAAUUAUGGAUUCUAUCUCUAGUCUAUUGAGAAUAUGUUGCGACAAUUCAUCUGUUGUUUUUAUGGCUAAGAACAACAAAAGUGGGAGUCGAAGUAAACACAUCGACAUUAAAUAUUUAGUUAUAAGGGAAAGUGUUAAAGAAAAGAAAAUGGUCAUUGAGCAUGUCAGCACUGAGCUAAUGAUCGCUGAUCCUUUGACUAAGGGCAUGCCACUGUUGAAAUUCAGAAUCAUGUAG